AUGGCCACUUUGAAACGAAAAGCUCCUGAAUUUAUUGAUGCACCAGAUGCUACGCCUACGGGAAGACCAGUCAAGAAGCUGCGUCUCACCCAGAGCCAAAAGCAAGCGCUGAUUGACAACCUCCAGCUUGAAAUCACCGAGCGUGCUCGUAAGCUUCGUGCUCAAUAUGCCCUGCAAGCAAAUGACCUUCGCUCCCGCCUUGAACGACGCGUCAACCGUAUUCCCAUCUCUCUUCGCAAGGCCAACAUGGGCGAGCUCCUCGAGAAACACUCGGCCCCGGCCCAGGCGACCUCACCCAUUCGUAGAAUCUCUCCAGCAAAGACCUCGCGCGCACCCAUCUCCAUUGACCAAGCACUCUCGCCAUCCAGCACGCGUGACGGGCGGACCCGACGCAAUAGCAAUGAGGGACACUACUCUGACAAAGAGAACGCGCCGGCUGCUGGUACACCCGAAGGACUGAAGAACCCCAAACGCCGUGGCAAGGCUCCCGCCGUGGGCGGUGCAUCACGCGUCGUAUCGCAAGAGGUGCGAGGUCACGACAACCGAAUCCUGUCCCCCAAGUCCCUCAACUCUCGAACAUACCCACAAUCCCCAUUCCGUGCCUCCCCCGAAAAAGGACAGCCCUCAUACAUGUCCCGACCAACCUCGCCACUAAAGCCUUCCAGCCCUCUACGGGCCGCUGGACCUGGUACACGUCCACGUGGUGCUACCACGUCCACCGUCCGGGACCUCGCACAGUCCACACAAGCCAAGAAAACAACAGCCCGCUCUGCGACGGGUCCCCGGGCAGUCAAGUCUCCUCUCCCGCGGCCAGCCACCCGCCAGGGUGAACGCAAGAAUAGUUUCUCGUCUACCACAUCUUCAGGCACAACCGUCACGAAACCCACUCGUACUGGAACUGGUGCCAGGAAGGCAACAGCCGGGGCUUCCACAACUACAAAGAAACCCGCUGUUCCUAGAGCAAAUGCUGCAUCUCUGGCUGUCAAGAAGACCGCCACUUCUGCUACUGCGUCCACCGUGCGGAAGACUACCGCUCCAGCAUCCACGAUGGACGCCUCGUCUCGCGGGAUGAGAGCACUUCGCAAGCGUGUAUAG